AUGUCCGUAGCUCUGCACCGACCCUCUGCAUCGUCAACUCGGCCAGCGUACAUGGAACAGUUGUUCCGAGAUGCGCCCACGUCACAAAGCGCACACUCUUCGAUAAGCAGCAUAUCAACAAUCAGCAGCACGUCCAACUACAAUCCAAGAAACACAACAUACAGCGGGCGAUCACUGUCUCCGCCUCCAGAAGAAGGCAGCGAUACAGCGAGCGUUCGCAGCAAGACAAGCUCGAACGGGAAGUCCUGGUUUAGGUUGGGCAAGGUGUUGCACCGAAGGACAUAUCCUCAGUCAGAAGAGGCCGAUCGUCCGGUCAGCCAGAUCGAGGUCGAGUCGAGACCGACCACACCACUCAACGAGCAGCCCUCCAUGACGAGACGUCCGUCCUUGCCAAGGAUACCGGCCAGCUUUCCACCCCCACAGGCAAUCAACACRUACGCGACACGGCCAUUGCCUGCCGUGCCUCCUCAAUCUGCCCCGCAAUCUGCGCCGGUUAUUCGAAAGCGUCCCUCGUUGAUGCGUAAAGCAUCAGCACCAGCACUACCACAACAACCACAGCAACAACACUCGAUUCCGGAACGCAUGUCUUCGAAACGACUACCGGCACCAUCAGACAAGGCACAAAUUUCAACGCAAGAACUCAGCUGCCAGAGGUGCUACUACUUCACAGCGCGAAACUGCAACGGGUAUGUCUUGGGAGGGGAAUCCGGAGAUGCCUGUGAAGGCUGUUUGCAAUCGGGUUUUUUCGGAGCAAAAUGA